ACCGGCGAAGCAAAGUACUUCCUCAUCCCCGAAGUCCCCUUCUCUUCGUUCAUUUCGGAUCUAAUCUAGCAACCCCAAAGAGAGAGAAAAUGGCGCUAGAAUGGGUAGUACUUGGCUACGCCGCCGGUGCAGAAGCCAUCAUGGUACUCCUCCUCACACUCCCCGGCCUCGAUGCUCUCCGUAAGGGCUUGAUCGCCGUCACGCGUAGCCUCCUCAAACCCUUCAUGACGGUCAUCCCCUUUUGUCUCUUCCUUCUUAUGGAUAUUUACUGGAAAUACGAGACCCGGCCCAGCUGCGAAGCCGAUUCUUGUACUCCUUCCGAGCAUCUCCGUCACCAGAAAUCCAUCAUGAAGAGCCAACGCAACGCGCUUCUCAUCGCCGCCGCUCUUCUUUUCUAUUGGCUUCUUUACUCCGUUACUCACCUUGUUGUUAGGGUCGAGCAGUUGAAUCAGCGCCUCGAGAGGCUUAAGAAUCGCGAUUGAGUUAGAUAAGUGCUUGAUUUUGAGAAUGGUUGUGUCUGGGCUAGUCCUUUGUUGUGACCCUUCUGUUUAGAUAUUUCCUAUCUCAUGUGUUUUUGGAUAAUUUGAAGGACUUUAUUAUGGAAUGAGAACUAUAUGAUUCUGUUGUUGAAUA